AUGUAUGCACAUCAAUGCACUUGUGAUAUGCUCCAGUGGCAUUUAGAAUGUCUCGAAUACCUCUGCGUUUUUGAAUGGAAGUUCGAAAGACGUGUUCGGAAAACGGCUUGGUCAAUUACGGAAUAUUUUACAGGCAUGAUGGAAGAUGUUAUUGAUCGCCUUGUGAAGUCACCUAACAGCGAGCAUGAACCUCUCACUAACUUCAUUAAUAAUGAGUUCGUACCCAGCAAUGAUGUGAUGCCGUCAGAGAAUCCGGCAACCGGACAGGCAUGGAUUGAAAUACCGGACUCUACUGCAGAAGAUGUUCAUCGUGCCGUAGAAGCUGCAAAGCGUGCCUUUCCCUCAUGGUCAACUACAAGUGUACAAUACCGAUCUGGUCUUCUGCUAAAACUUGCUGACAUUAUCGAGCAGAAUGCUGAUGGCCUUGCUGUGCUCGAAUCCAGGGAUCAGGGAAAACCCAUCAAACUUGCCAAGAUGAUCGACAUUCCGCGGUGCGUUCAUAAUUUCCGAUUUUUCGCUACUGCCAUCUUACAUCAUACUUCACCAUCUUCCGUAAUUGAUGAGCCCGUUCGAGCUGUCAAUUAUGUGAGAAACGAUCCUGUUGGAGUAGCAGGUCUGAUCAGUCCAUGGAACCUACCGCUAUAUCUGCUAUCUUUCAAGCUGGCCCCUGCAUUGGGAACCGGCAACACCGUUGUGUGUAAACCAAGUGAACUCACAAGCGUAACAGCAUGGGUUCUAAUGCACGCAUUUCGACAAGCUGGGUUUCCUCCUGGAGUGGUAAAUUUGGUGAUUGGAAAAGGUUCGCCUGCUGGUCAAGCACUCGUCGAACAUCCUGACGUGAAUUUGAUAAGUUUUACUGGAAGUACUGUCACGGGCAAGAAAUUAGCUGAGAUUUGUGCACGGUUGAACAAAAAGGUAUCCCUCGAAAUGGGAGGAAAAAAUGCAGCUAUCAUUUAUCCUUCAUGCAAUCUUGGUGAGCAUUUGCCAACUAUUGCCAGGUCAUGCUUCAUCAAUCAAGGAGAAAUCUGCCUAUGUUCAAGCAAUAUAUUCGUCCACAAAGCGGUGUAUAAAGACUUCGUAGCGCGAUUAGUGGAAGAGGCUAAGAAGUUCACAGUCGGUGAUCCCGCUAAGGACGUCACGCUUGGUGCAAUGAAUUCGAAGGCUCAUUUUGACAAGGUAAAAUCAUAUAUCUCGUUAGCUGAAAAGGAAGGUGGUACAGUGCACUGCGGUGGUGAAGUCAAUAUGGAUGGCCAUCUAAAGGAAGGAUACUAUAUCGCUCCAACAGUCAUAACCGAUGUUGGAGACUCGUCACGAUGUAUGCAGGAGGAGAUUUUUGGUCCAGUUGUUUGUAUCACUGAGUUUGAGUCUACUGAGGUAUUUUAUUGUGUACAUUUUGGAGCGAUCCUAAUGGAACCUCGAAGAGGUCCUGUGAUGAGAGUGACUUUUGAGGAGGUCCUAUCCCGUGCCAACGCUACAACCUAUGGACUAUCUGCAACUGUAUGGAGUGAAAACAACAAGGAACUCAUUAAUACCGCACAUGGUCUGAGAGUAGGCACAGUGUGGUGUAAUGCAUGGCUGGUACGCGACCUGAACAUGCCUUUUGGAGGAACGAAAGAAUCGGGUAUGGGCCGAGAAGGAGCUGUUGACUCACUGCACUUUUUCACUGAGCAAAAAACCGUCUGCAUUAGGCUGUAG